AUGAUCACCGAUGUGCAACUGGGAAUCUGCGCCAACAUUCUCGGCAUUGGCAUUUUCAUGCUGAUUAAGUCCUGGUCAUGCUGCGUGCCUUCGGUUUCUCACAAUGUUUUCGUCUUCAAUGCAAUUAGAAAAAUUUGCACACAAUCAACCCAUUCCGUAUUGAUGCAAAGUAAUCUACGACAUUCCGGUCCAUAUCAACCGGGAACCUCUGGAGCUCAGUCACCUGGGAUUGAAAAACAGUUCCGGUUUGGAGCAACAACUGCACGAAGUGGUUAUUCAACACCCGGUGGCUACUCAACGUACGGUAUAUCGGCUGAUCGAGUCGGUUGCUUCACAGCGGUUAGAAUGUCUGCAUGGGCGAAACUUACCCGUUUCGCCAGGCGAUUCCUUCACUUCAAACAGAUGGAUUUUGAAUUUGCUUCUUGGCAAAUGCUUUACUUAUUGAUCCAACCACAGAAAGUGUACAGGAACUUCCUCUAUCGAAAGCGUACCAAAGAUCAGUUUGCCCGCGACGAUCCUGCGUUCCUUGUGCUUCUGUCGCUAUCGUUAUUGUUCUCUUCAGUCUUCUACGCAGUCGCUCUUGGACUUACCUUUUGGGGGUUCAUUAAAUUCUUCCUAUGGGUGGUUUUUAUAGACUGCAUUGGUGUAGGAGUGAUUGUUGCUACAAUUCUGUGGUGGUCAUCAAAUCGUUUUCUGCGAAAGGUCCAGGAUCAAGAUGUGGAAUGGGGUUACUGUUUUGAUGUUCAUCUCAACGCCUUCUUUCCUAUGCUCAUUUUGUUGCACGUACUUCUUCCCAUAAUAUAUCCGACACUUGUUGACUCCCCUUCGUUCCUGCCCACUGCUCUUGGAAACACCAUUUGGUUUAUAGCAGCUGUUUAUUAUGUGUAUAUCACUUUUCUUGGGUACACAGCCUUGCCAAUAUUGCACAAAACACAAUACUUCCUAUAUCCAAUGACGUUCUUAUUCAUCUCAUGGGUCGCAACGAUCACUGCUGGUUGGAAUAUUUCUCAAAGUGCAAUGGGCUUCUACCACUAUAGAGUGCGCUCGGACGACGAGCUCAAUCAUCCCAAGUGAACAAGGGCAUGUCGUUCAUUGGUGCUUCAAAGGCCUGACUCUUUGAAAAAGCUUUUGCGACUUUGCCGUGUGAGAAAACUGCAGCAUUCGGACGUUCUGUUUUUCUUCUGAGAAAGCCAAAAAGAAUCUUUUCAAAUGCUUUUGAUUGUUUUACAGAGAUUGCAUCCUACAUUCUUUGUUUCUGUUCAUAUCUAAUCACUAAUUCAUGCAUGGGUAAAAAUAAUAUUAUUUGCCGUACGCAUAGAUUGCAUGUAAGUCAAUAAAUGUACAUUUACU